AUGAAGUCAGUCAAACUUUCCCUGCCCAACUUCGACAACAACUCACAGCAUAGCAGCUUCAAAACCUCCUCCCUCCUCACCAUUCUCUCCGCCAUCAGCACCAUGGCCGACACCUGCGACCUCCGCGGCUGGCACGAAGUCGAAAUCGUCGUCGGCGGUGGCGGUCCCGGUCAAGCCCCUGUCAGCUACACCCGUCAAGGCUUCGACUUGAACUACGAAGGCGGCGUCCCCAUCGGCUCUAACGACGACCUCAACCCCAUUGCCGUUAACGGCAUCACGAUUCCAGUUGGAGCACUUGGCCAGCCGAACGAGAUCCAGUGGGAUCCGAACUGGGCUUUGACGUCGUUUAAUGGGUGCAGCGCGACGUACAAUGGGGCGACGUAUCAAGAUCCCACCCCCUUGCAAAUCCACUCACCGACCAUGGGUCCCAAGCCAUCAACACCAGUCUACAUCGACCCGUGCGCGAGCGCCACCAACGUCGGCCACAACGGAACCAACAUCUGCACGCUCGAGGGCUGGCACAAGGCCAACAGCAUCGAUUCUUACACCAAGUUUCCAACCGGCUUCACUCUUAAAUACAAGUGUGGCCCUCGGAUCGGAUACAGCGAGACACUCGACUCCACGGCAAAUGACGGUAUCACCAUCCCCGCGGAUGCUCUGGGCCAGCCGGGUGAGAUUCAAUGGAUGCCGGUGUUUGGCGAGCAAUUCGAAGGGUGUAGCGCGACGUAUCUUGGAGUUACCCAUAACGGGACUGUUAGCUGGAAGUGCGGAAGUUUGGAGGCGGGCUGUAGUAUGUGUACGGUCGAGUUUGAGUGUGUGGAUGAUCUGGCGGGACAGUGA